AUGAGUGGAAUACUUAGUACUAUCACCGGUGUAUUAGAACGAUUGUUCGGAAAUCUCUUACCAAGCUGGGGAGACCCAAUGCCACCUGAGUUACCCGAACCCUCCGAGCUACCAGAACCAGAAGAAGGGUCGGAGGAGGGAGAAAGUGACUAUGAGACCGCUUUAGCUUACCAAAAUACUGAUACAAGAUGGUAUUCAGCUAUCCGAAGAUUUCUAUUCUGGAAAAAGCAGGAUUUGUAUAUUAAGUUCUAUGAUAGGUUUACACAAUGGAUUGGUUCCGAAAAUGACUUCUGUGAUUUAUCACGAGACUGGUUCAUAAUCAAAGCUAAUCUGAAUGAAACACUUCAAGAGGCUCAUAUUUGUUAUAAUGAUGAAGCCAAUGCAAUCUUUUGGCGAAGUGAUGGGCAGAUAGACUUAAGAAAAACUGGUACGUAUACAAUGGCAAGUUUGCGCUUCUUUCAAGAUGUAGCUAGAUAUCCUAGAAAAGCUGAAGACUUAUCACCAGAGGAAGACCAGUGGAUAAGAUCAGCAUAUAUAGGAGAUUUAACGUGGACCGAGCCAUAUGAAGGAAUUGCAACUGAGUUAGAUUUCAAUGAAUAUUACCCGCACAUCUUAGCUUAUGGGAGUACAUGCUGGCCAAUAGGUCCAGGAGAAUUUAAAACAUUUACACACAUUAGCGUUAAUCCUAUCAGCUUUAAUCUAAAAUACGAAAUUUAUCAUGUUUUUAUAGGAGGUCAGCCAGCAGGUCAAAAAUGUACAAGAACUUUUCGUUAUAAUCCUGCGGGAUAUUACACUCACCAUAACAUACAAAUGGCAAUAGAUCUAGGUCUUCACAUAGAAUUAUCCUCUGAAAGUCCUAAUGCUUUAAUAUUUGGGCCAAAUCAGCUUAUGCGCGGAGAUGAAAUUUUCUAUCAAUGGGCAA